UGGUCUUCCUKUGUGAUUCUUCAUAAACAUGUGUUUUGAUGUUGUGAGAACUCAAGGUGAAAUAACUUGGAACACUUUUAUUCAGAACGAUUAAUUCAGCACACUUGGCAGUGCGACCCAGACCUGAGAUAAUGGUGCAUCAGUGUAGUAUGUUUUGAAGCAGAUCAGACAUGUACGGAGGAAGGAAAUCUCUGUUGUUUCUCCUCCUAACMGUCGGGGCAACAGGAACACUUUUCUGGAUAAGUGCUCUUUACUUCAGGAGGAAACGAAGGCAGAAAGCAGCCAUYUCUAAUGAAGAAUCCUUAAAAACAGACGAAAAGCCUAAAGGAAGAGCCCUUAGAGCUUCAGGUUUACUGACGAGAUCACAGCUAAAGAACAAGCUGGCUAAAGAUGGAAAUGAAAACAAUUCAACUAGGAAUGCUCAGUAUGAUAGCCUAAGAGGUGACGAAACUUGUGACAGAACAGCCAUGAUACCUGAUGGUAGGGCAGCAGACGAAAAUUUCCCAUCAAAUUCAGAAGAACUUGUUGACAGAUUCAUCAACCAAGGAGUUGAAGAGUUUGGGCUAGCAUUGGAACACUGGUAUGAAGCAGCCAGAUAUUUCCUUGAAAGCAAAGACCAAGAUAUGAACAGAAGGAGGAUUGAACAAGAAGGUACCCUGCGUAUCAUGUUAAGCUGUUCAAGGCAGAUGAGGACUGCRUUGGUAAUACAGGGAAUGGCUGAAGAUAGAARCUUUGCUGUUGCACCCAAGAAUGURUUGUCAUGGAUUGAUAGUGAUGCCAUGAUUGAACAAAGUGUUGCAGAAAUAGCAGAAAAAUGUUCAGAUGAUUCAGAUGCUGAAUCAUUUGUAUCAGCAGCUUCUGAAACUGCUGCAUUAGAGUUUGACGAUCUUAUYGACGAAAGGUUCAUCAGUGAGUCUGCACAGUUGAAAAUGUUUCGGCAAACUAUCCUGAAGGCUGCUGGCCAGCACAGCCAUUUAGACUUCUAUGUCUUGGGUCUGGAGCAGUAUGCAAGAUGUGAGGUUGAAUGCCGCAAGAUGAGGACAGAGGUGGUUGGUUGUGAAAGUGACAUGGAAUUCUUGGCCAAAGUUGUGUGUAUAAGACAGGCAUCAGAGCUUGCUUUCUCAGUGGCUGAAAAUUGUACAUGGAUGGCAGAAACAGGUCGCUUCAUGCUCUCUUCUGUCAUAGAUGCAAUGGGAAAGGACCCUGCGAACUUUGAGGCUGCAUUUGAUGAGCUUAUYGAGUACUGUGCAAAACCAGAGAACUUGCAACAGAUCAGUGAUGAACUAAUGGGAAGACGGGUACCAGUGAUUUCUUUCUAUGACGUCCCUCUUGACUUCAUUCUAUUGGAYGCCUUUGAUGACUUGGCAACCCCACCUUAUUCAGUUGCCACAGCAAUCCAGAAUCGCUGGCUGUCAGCAAGCAUCAAGGAAACUGCUCUUACCACAGCGAUAUGGGGAGUACUGAAGGCUAAAGCUUCUUAUCUAGAGAACCAAUAUGGUUUCAUGGCGCAUUUUUACGUGGUGUCUCAGUACAUCCUUCCUUGUCUGGCUUGGGGCUUCAUGGGACCAGAUGAAGAACUCAGAGACCUGUGUAACUUCUUCAAAGAUCAAAUUCUUGGUUACAUCAGAGACGUGUUCAGCUUCGAUGCUGCAGACUAUUCAACAGUAACGAGCUUAUCAGAAUCCAUCAUCCAGUUAGCCAAACGAAGGACCGACAAUCUUGCUCAAAGACUACAACAGUCUUCGCCAAUUAAUGGACUUCAAGUUUCCACAUGAGAUAUUGGAAAGAUGGAGUUCAAGUCAGUGAAGAAAACAUGGAAGGAUUUUGCCAUCAAGGAAGAUGGCCAUUCAAUGACAGAAUCUCAACGAUUUAGUUCAUAAUAUAAGAUCAAUACAAGAUAAAAAUAUUUGUUCUUAAGAUGAUGAUAAUUGUUUUGUAAAUAUCGCUACAGUCAAGGUGAUGUCAUCUCGUGGGGGAUGGGGGUAGUGGGUUUGAUCAUUUUCAGCAAAGAGGUCACACCUUGAGUAUUUAUAAGUACUUGUAACAUUUUUAGCACCAUUAAUCUGAUGCAAAACAAGUUGUUUUGCGUGACRAUUUGCCUGCAGGUGACAUUAAUAAAAUUGCUUUUAUAAAA